AUACUUGACAUAUUUCCUUCAAACGUGGUGCAAAGAACUAUUAAUCUUGAUUAGUACAAGUCGGUUAGCCGUAAGCUUUAUCUUCUCAAAAGUGACCAAGUUCAUUUUUGAUAUUGAAAAGUGAAAUUGGACAAUUGUUUUUACACAUAAGUUUACAAGGACAAAUUGAGGAGUAACAGCUUUGGCGUCUAAUCAAUCUUGAGUGAGUCAGGGAGUUAGGUGGAUCCUUCACCAGAUCAUCAAAUUUACAAUAAGCUAAAAGUCGGUGACCGUUCAAGCACUUCAGAAGCAUCACACUAGUCGAAAACAAUGUCUUCUUUCUUGGGAAAAUGGAAACUUAGCGAGUCACACAACUUCGAUGCUGUCAUGUCAAAGCUAGGUGUCUCAUGGGCAACUCGACAGAUUGGGAACACAGUGACACCGACUGUAACCUUCACAAUGGAUGGGGAUAAAAUGACCAUGUUAACAGAGUCAACUUUCAAAAAUCUUUCUUGUACGUUCAAGUUCGGCGAGGAAUUCGAAGAAAAAACAAGUGAUGGCAGAAACGUCAAGUCAGUUGUUGAAAAAAAUUCCGAGUCGAAGUUAACGCAAACUCAAGUAGAUCCCAAAAACACAACUGUAAUCGUUCGUGAAGUAGAUGGUGAUACUAUGAAAACGACUGUGACUGUUGGUGACGUUACUGCCAUUCGCAAUUAUAAACGACUACCCUAACGCCUUCAAAUGAACACUGAUAUUUGCUUGGGGUGUUUUUUGUAACUGCUUGUAUUUCUACUAUUUUUGUUACAUUGAUGAUAAUCACCGGUGGAUAAAUUUUGCUACGCAUGUAUCAUCCUAUAUUAAUCAAUCAUUCCCGCAUUUCAAUAAACACUGCUUAUUGUUAU